AUGUCGAGCGUCAAGAAGCAGAAAGGCAAAAACGAAGCCGACCUAGUGGACAAACUGAAUUACAAAAACUUAUGCGAUGUAAUGCUUCACGAGUUGACAUGUCUUAAGGCAAAUCGACCAGUGUACUUAAAAAGAGGAGGCACAUUUUUCUUGAGUUCCCGUGAAGAAGCCCUUUCCGUGUUGAAGGCGAAGAGUCAAAACGAGGAGAAGACUCGUCCCAUUUAUAUGAACAUAUUAAAGUAUCACAUCCUGUUGGCAUACGCGUUUUUAAAUGUACCUUUUAGCCUGACAAUCAAGAACAAAAGUGUAAAAAAUGACACGAGGGAAUGUGUUAGAAUAAAGAAUUACACAAACGGGAGAGGGAGACAUGGCAAGGGGAAGAAGCUUGGGAUGGGUGGGUUGCAUCGUGUAUGUGGAAAGGACACAUUGCUACGCGGACAUAACCUCCGCGGAAGAGAGAAGCGAAUCAACAAGCUUACAUUUUUGCAUGCGGGAAAAGGGCAUUGUUAUGCAAAAAUGAUGGGGAGACGUAACCCCUGUGAAGAGAAGCCUACGCAGAAGCAAUACUGCCAAUGUGGAAUAAUUGGGCCGUUGAAGAGGAGCCCUUCCUCCGGCGUGCACCAGGUGAAUUCCACCUUCGAGUACCCCGGAUUCAGUUUUACCGUCCUGAAAGAAUCACAAGAAGAGGGUUGCCAUAGUAGAAUUGGUAUUAUAAAAACUCCAAGGGGGGAAAUUGAAACUCCGAACUUUCUCUUUUGUGCUACAAAGGGGUGCAUGAAAUCGACGCCAAUAAACUUUGUAAAGGAUUGUAAGACGCAAAUUAUUUUGUCUAACACGUUCCACCUGUUGAUUCAUCCCAAGCCACAUGUCAUUUUUCAGUUGGGCGGGUUGCACAGGUUCAUGAAUUGGCAGGGCCCCAUUCUAACCGACUCUGGGGGGUACCAACUCUUCAGCAUGACGUUUGGCUCGGUUUCGAAUGAGAUAAAGAGGACGUCCAGGGCGAGCGCCGUCACCGCUGUGCGCGCCGUCACCGUUGUUGGGGAUAGCGAUGGCGACAGCGGAAGCGGAACAGACAGGCAGGGUAGCAGGCAGCCUUCACCGCGCCCGCCCCGCGGAGAUAUAAUCGUCAAAAUCAAUGAGCAGGGCGCUCUGUACAAGUCGUACCACGAUGGCUCCGUGGACAUGCUGACGCCGGAAAGCUCCAUCCAAGCGCAGUACCUCCUGGGUAGCGACUUCUCAGUGGUGCUGGACGAAUGCACCCCUUACCAUGUAGAGAGGGAAUAUACGGAGCGGUCCAUGCACAGGUCUCAUAGGUGGUACAUUAGGUGCCUUUUAGAAUUUCAAAAAGCUAUGACCAUGCCAAAUUACCAUACCUAUUUGAACCACCUGCACAAUAAAAAGUACAAGGUAAAAGAUAAAUGGAAGGAAAGGGAAGCCAAUAAACAAGCACUCUAUGGCAUAAUUCAGGGGGGAAUAUAUACCGAUUUGAGAAUGAAGAGUUGCCAGGUGGUUUGUAAUUUGCCUUUUUUUGGUCUCUGCAUUGGAGGGUGCUUAGGGAAGGACAAGCAGAUGAUGUACAGCGUGAUAAAGAAGACCAUGCGGUUUGUCAGGCAGGAGGAGGAAGGCAGUGUCUCGGUCAGGCAAGCCAACAGAACGAGUAGCACUCCUGUUGGUAGCUCUAAACCGGUACAUCUCCUAGGGAUUGGCCAAAUUAAGGAUAUAUUUUUUGGAGUGAGACAGGGGAUUGAUACAUUUGACUGUGUUAUUCCUACGAGGCUGGCGAGACAUGGGUACUACCUAUGCUCAGUUAAAACGAUUAAACAAAUGGAAGAACAAUUGGGUAAAUGUAUUAACAAGGAAUAUAUAAAAAUAAAAUUAAAGAAUCACGAAUUGGAUAAUAAUCCUCUUGAGCAUGACUGUCCCUGCUACACGUGUGCAAAUUACACCAGGGCAUAUUUGCAUCACCUCUACAAAAUUAAUGAUAAUUUGUUAGGGACUCUGCUGACCAUACAUAAUGUGUGUUACAUGAAUCGCCUCAUGGAGGACAUCCGUGAGGGGAUCAGGUGUGACCGUUUGGAUGAGGUUGAGAAGAGAUGGGUUCGGUGA